CGAAUCAGCGGAGAUGGGCGUCGCGCCCUGGAAACUGACCGCCAACGGUUGAACCAGAGGCGCCCAAUCGCCGUCUUUGCUCUAGUCGAGACCACGUUUCUUUCCAUCUAUACAUACACCCUGAAGCAUGCUUCCAAGGUGCUAGGUAGCCACCUUCGAUUGUGGUGUGGCAUACCUAGCGUGUGUGUGAGCGUUUGCGUGUGCAUGUGUACCUCGCCCCUCCUCCAAGGCUCCAACACUUUCUUCCUCGGCAUGGUCUGGCCCGUCACGCAGCCGUUGGAUGUUCUUGGGGCGAUCUCAGCCUCACACAAGGCGACUACCGUCGAUCAUCUCAACCGACGCCUGGUUGAUCCCCGGAGCUCGCCAUGAAUUGCUCACUCGCCAAAAGAAAGUCAGCCCGCAGAGAUAUCCUUCCCCAACCUCAGUCCGAUCUUUCAUCCACUCAAGCACAUGGCCUCAAAAAAAGAAUGUAACGUCGGAGGGUGUUUGGAGCACACGUUGGCAGCUCGAGUUCAAUAGCCUCGUUAUCGCAUCGUCUAGCAGUGUUCCGAUCUUGCCUCCCUCCCCAAACCACAAACCACUACCCACCACCCCAUCUCGUCGUCUCAAGCUGCCAUCACCGCCUCUGCCGCCACCGUUAUUGCGCCUCGCCCGCCGUUCGAUUGGCUCAGAACCUUUGCCGCUCCCUCCUUGCAUCGGGAUAUACGCCCCAUGUUCUCCCACGUUCUUGUCCAAAACGUACACGGCAAUAGCAACGGCUUGCUCAUCUCAAAUGUCGCCUUGCCUGAUGCGGCGAAACCAGCCGAGUCGUGCUGUCCACCAACUCCAGCUUCACCCUCCGAUUCAACCCAUUACCGGAAGAACAAAGCCGUCACCGAAAACGGCCAUCAAGGGGUGAAACCAGCUCCACGAACCUUCGAUUCACUCGUUCCAUGCUUCUAGAAACCUUCGGAGGACAGGACAGGCUUGAACGUCUGUGCUCUCGCUGUCGUCUCCUU